AUGGAGGUGGGAACGAGGAGGAACCGGGACGAGUUUGAACGGAAGAAAUCAGGGAGAACUGGUGUGGACUAUGUGGGCAUCAGUCGGAACCUUGACUUCGCUCCUGGUGUGAGCGUGCAGACCUUCAGAGUGACCAUUCUGGACGAUAUGGGACGUCCCGAGCUGGAGGGCGCCGAGAGCUUCCACCUGCAGCUGCACAUGGCGGUGAACGGCAUUCUGGGAAAGCCGUCCAGAGCCACGGUCUUCAUCAACGACUCCCUGUCGGACCGUCCCUCUCUACAGUUCCUGAGUCCGCAUCAGUCGGUGGAGGAGAGUGAUGGGUCGGUGGUUGCCGUGGUGACGCGCCGCGGUGACCUCGGCCACAGCACCAGCGUUCGAUGUUUCAGUCGACAGGGAUCAGCUCAGGUCUCAGAGGACUUCCAGGAACUCCCCAACACUGAGGCCUCCACCAUCACCUUCCUCCCAGGGGAGACGGAGAAGCCCUGUGUGCUGUCUCUGGUGGAUGACUCUCUGUUUGAGGAGGAGGAGGAGCUGAGGCUGGUCUUGGGGAGUCCCAGCAGUGACUCUGGGGUCGGGGCCACGGUGGGAGACCUGAGCGAGACUCUGGUCAGGAUCCGGGACUCUGCCGACCAGCCAAUCAUCCGCUUCUCUGAGACCAAGUUCAGUGUGCGUGAGCCGGAGGAGGCGGGGUCUGUUACCGUGGUGACGGUCCCUGUGGUCCGCCUCGGAGACACGUCCAAAGUGUCUCUGGUCCGAGUCCACACCAAAGACGGGUCUGCAGUCUCUGGAGAGGACUACAACCCAGUGUCCAAAGAGAGCUAG